UUUCGAACGUUUUGGGCUUUUACUGUUUCCGUACAAUGUGACGAUACAAGGUCAGACAUGGCGGCCUGCUCUAGAGGACUUGAUAAAAUUGUUACAUCGCUGCGUUUUUGUCGAAAAUUGCAGCUCCAGUAUGAAAGGGUGUUUUCUACAUCUGCGUGUCGCCCUGCGGCGGACAGCGACCCUCCUAAAUUUGUCCCUCCUUCCAAACCUGUUAUAGUGGAUAAGACACAGACUGUGGCUUCUAUGAGGAAGUUUCUGAGCCCAGAGUUUGUCCCUCCCAGGCAGAGGACAGAUCCUUUCAAAUUCUUUUUGGAGAGGAAAGACAUGAUUCGCAGGAGGAAAAUGCUAAACAUUCCUGAAUUCUAUGUGGGCAGCAUCCUUGCAGUGACCAUGGCUGAUCCCAAUGCUAGUGGGAAAACAAAUCGAUUUGUCGGAAUUUGCAUCCAGAGGGGUGGGAAAGGGCUUGGGGCCACUUUUAUCUUAAGAAACAUUGUGAACAGUCAAGGUGUUGAGAUAUGUUACGAGUUGUACAGCCCACGGAUCCAGAAAAUUGAAGUCCUGAAGUUGGAGAAAAGACUGGACGAUAAUCUGAUGUACCUCAGAGAUGCCCUGCCUGAGUAUAGCACAGUGGACCCAGAAAUGAAGCCUGUUCCUUUCUCCCCUACUGGAGAGGUACCUUUAAACCAGAUCAAAGUAAAAAUGCGGCCAAAACCUUGGUCCAAACGCUGGGAACGACCCAAGUUCAACAUCCAGGGCAUCCGAUUCGACUUGUGCAUGACACCCCGACAGAUAGAGGGUGCCCAGAAGCAUGCACAGCCUUGGCUGGAAUACGACAUGUUGAAGGAGUAUGAUACCACCAAACUGGAGGAGCAGAUCCUCAAAGAGGUGCAGCAGGACCUGAGCAAGUGAUUGGAGCAACAAAAA